AUGACAUCCACGAUUGGGUCUCGCCUCUCUUUUCCUUUCUUUCCUUUCUCUUUUUCCUUUCUUUUCUUUUUUUCCCUGUUUCAUAACCUUAACCCCAAAUUAUGUAAAGGCGUAUUUUUCCCUCAACCUCUCUUUAUUUCCCGUUUUAUUUCCUCUUUUGCCCUUCUUUUUUCUUUCUUUUUUCUUUCUGGGAAUCUCUCUGUAACCUUGUUGAGAAAUUUCGCAUUUAUUACUAUUUCUUUCCAACUUUUCCUUACUCUCUUCCUCUUGAGCUUUCUCACUCCAUUCGCUCUUUUAUAUUCUUCCUCUUGGUGCCUUAUCAUGUCUCUUUCUUUUUCUCUCUUUCUUUUUUGUGUACUCUCUUUUCUUUUAUUACUACUGAUUCUAUGUUUAUUACUCUCUAACUUUAUUCCUCUCUUUCCUACCUUUUCUUUCUUUCUUUCUUCUUUUUACGUCCUUUUGUUGCAGCCUCUGUCAUCUUUCUUUCGCCGUCUCUCUUUCUCUUUCGCUAUUCCAGUCAUUCUUUCUUUAGUUCUCUCUCUCUCUCUCCCUCUUUCCUUAUUGAUAUAUUUUUUUCCAAUUUGCCAAGCUGAAAGAAAAACCAUAACACUGAUUAAAGUGAUCCGUUGGACAUUACCGCAGGUUCAAAUUACUGUUGUUCGUCUUACGAUAUUAAAAAUAGUCUCUCUUCGCGUAGCCAAUAAGAUCGUUUGUGUUUUGUCAAAGGCCGACAGCCGGCUUUCAUCAAAAUAA